AUCAUGGCGGCGAACAGCAGCAACAGCACGAGCGGUAAAAGCGGCGCAAAGCAGUCCACUCCGUCAGCCGAGCAGGUGGUGGCCACGUUCCAGAGGAUGCGGCAGGAGCAGCGCAGCAUGGCCUCCAAGGCUGCAGAGUUUGAGAUGGAGAUCAAUGAACACAGCCUCGUCAUCGACACACUAAAGGAAGUAGACCCCUCACGCAAGUGCUUUCGUUUAGUUGGCGGUGUACUUGUAGAGAGAACCGUCAAAGAAGUCCUGCCUGCGCUAGAAAACAACAAAGAACAGAUUUCCAAGAUCGUGGAGACGCUGAACACGCAGAUGCAGGUGAAAGGACGCGAGCUGACGGAGUACCGCGAACGCUACAACAUCCGGCUAGUCGGAGAGGACGACAAACAGGGCAAAGCGGACGCCAGUCAAGCCAAAGACAGCGAAGGAGGAUCUAAAGGUGGCGCCGGAGUGCUCGUCUCAUAGUGGAUUCUUACAGUAGAAACCACUGUAAUAUAUGCCAAGAGACUGAGUUGGCACGUUUCCUUUUUAGUCUUACAGAUGCCAGUCAUAAUAACACACAAGAAAGAGAGCGAAUGUCUCGGUUUUCAUGCACAUUUUGUACAUUCGUAAUCCUUUUUCCACUAUGAUCACCUUUAAAGUGUGAUGUCGACUUAUUAAUAACAUGGAAUUAAACGUGGUAGCUAUUUGUUUGUGAAUUUAAAACCAGACCCUCAGCGAAUGCAGGCAAUGCGGAAAAUACUAAAUAUUUCCCUUGUAAGUCUUACAGAAGCCAGUCAUAAUAACACACAAGGAAGAGAGCGAAAGUUUUAGCUUUUAUGCACAUUUUGUACAAAUGCAGCGUUAUCGACUCUGAUCUACAAAUGUCUGCAUUCGCUGAUUGUUCGCCUGCGUUUUUUGCAGUGUGGGUCUGGAUUCAAUUCAUAAAUAAAUAGCUAUUAUGUUUAAUUUUGUGUUAUUAAAGCAGUGAAAUCACACUCUGAUCACAUUUAUUGUAUGAUUUCUCCACUAUAAUGCCAAUGAAUUUCAACGUAAUAGCUAUUUAUUUGUGAAUUUUAUCCAGACAAACCAUCAGCGAAUGUAGAAAAUGCUAAACAAAAAAACAGCUUUUGUUUAAUUUCUAGAGCAAAUGUCUAAUCAAGAAGCAUUUUCUAGAGGAGUAAAACAUGUUGUUUUGUUUUCAGAAAAAAUAAGUCAACAUUUUUGCAGCGUGUCUGGUUUAAAUUCACAAAUAAAUCGUUAUGUUUAAUGCCAUGUUAUUAAAGGCAUAGUUCACCCAAAAAUCCAAAUUGUCCUCAUUUACUCACAAGUGGUUAUAAACUGUUAAUGAUUUUCUUUCUUCUGUUGAACUCAAAGAUGCACUGUUGUAAGAAGUAGCAAUUGACUUCCAUAGUAUUUUUAACCCUUACUUUCAAUAUCCUGUUGUUGUUGUUUUGGGAUAUCUUGUUUUGUGUUCAACAGAAGAAAAAAAGUAUAGAGCCACUUUAAUUAAGGAAAUAGGCAGGAUGUUUUACGUUUUUGAGUGAACUAUUUCUUUAAUAGCGCUGUUCAUUCACCAUAAUCUAAAUGGUCAAGAUUUUUCAAAGCUCGUCUUUCACUUUUGCUUUGGAAGUCAGUCAUGUUUUGGGGUUGCUGCAUUGAGCUGAGCAUGAUGAUCAUGCAGCGAGCGUCUCGUACCCUGGAUCUCCAACUGUAUAUCAUUUGUCACGACUGUACGCCUGUGGACGAAGCCUUUUUAUGUUUGUUUAGGUUUUUUUUUUUGUGUGUGCGUGUGUGUGGUUGUUUUGGUUAUUGAAUUCAAAAUACAAAAUUGAGCAAGAA